ACGCCGUCGUGAUCGAUGCUGCCGACCCGUUGUGCCACUACGAGCGGUGGACGAAGCGAGCUGGUACCGGCCAUUGAGUCACGAGUCAUCUUUGCCAUAUCAGGGAAUAUUCGCGGCACCUCAUCUCUGGGCCCCGAGGCCCGAGGGUGUUUGGCUUCUCUCUCUCUCUUGUCGGGUAUUAAUAGGCCUUGGAGGUUUCUUAGAGCAGGUCUUGUGGUCGAAGAGAGAGACAUUGAUAGUGUUUGAAAUGUCCAGCAAUGACUUCCUUAUAUCGCUGGUUAGUGGUGCAGCAGCUGGUACCUCCACUGACCUCACAUUUUUCCCCAUAGAUACCGUCAAGACAAGAUUACAGGCCAAAGGUGGUUUCUUCGCCAAUGGUGGGUGGAAGGGGAUCUACCGUGGAUUGGGAUCUGCAGUGAUUGCGAGCGCACCAUCUGCGUCGCUGUUCUUUGUCACCUAUGACUCCAUGAAGUCAUUUCUCACACCGAGACUGCAAUCAAAGAUUGCCAACCAAGACGUUGCAAGUGCACUGUCCCAUAUGGCGUCUGCAUCGUGUGGUGAAGUCGCUGCGUGUCUUGUUAGAGUACCAGCUGAGGUCAUCAAGCAGCGUACACAGACUUCAAAAUUCUCAUCGUCAUGGCAAACGUUCCAAGCAUUGUGGAACAAUCACGGAGGUGAAGGGCUCAGAGGGUUCUACAGAGGCUGGUCUACAACAAUCAUGCGUGAGAUACCCUUCACCAUGAUCCAAUUCCCGCUGUACGAAUGGCUAAAGAAGAAAUGGGCACUGAAGCAAAAGGUUGAGAAGGUGAACCCAUUACAAGGUGCGUUAUGUGGCUCCAUUGCUGGAGGCUUCGCAGCAGCAGUCACAACCCCACUAGACGUCUUGAAGACAAGAAUCAUGCUGGAAGACACGAGAGUGGGAGUGUUGCAUUUGGCAAAGACCAUCUUAAAAGAGGAGGGUAUCAAAGUGUUCUUCAGCGGAGUUGGACCAAGAACCAUGUGGAUCAGUGCGGGUGGUGCUAUAUUCCUGGGGGUUUAUGAAGCAGUCAGCACAACCCUGAGAUCUUUCAACAAAGAUUGA